AUGGGGAUCCAUGUCGAUAAGGAUGUUAGCAUUUAUAGCUGUGGAGUGGUCUUACAUCGAUUAAAUGGUGUAACGACUUUCAUGUUCGAUGUUGAUGUUCUUGUUGGAUCGGAUCAUGUAUCCAAGGGAUCUUUCUUACAACUCCUUUACAGGAUCCAAUGCACUGUCUACAUGUCAGCAAGGCAAUGUAACUCUCAUUCUCUUUCUCGUAGGAAUCUGGUUUCUAGUUAUUUAUCAGCAAACAGUUAUUCGAGGAACCUCCCUUGUUCUGGAAAAGCUGAAAACUACAACUUGUUUAUAAAUUGUGGUGGUAGCAACGUGACUAUUGGUGGCAAUGAAUAUGAAGAGGAUACCACUCAUCUAGGUUCAUCAAUAUAUGCUGAAUCUAAUAGUGGAAAGUGGGCUUAUAGCAGUACGGGAGGCUUUGUAGGAAAUAAGGAGGCAAAAUACAUUGCUAUAAAUUCAUCAAUAUUGAACAUGGCAAAUCCGGAAUUGUACAUGACUGCUAGGCUUAGUCCUCUGUCCCUUAAAUACUAUGGUCUCUGCUUACAAAAGAGAUAUUAUACAGUGAAGCUUCAUUUUGCUGAGGUUAUGUUCACAGAUGACCAAACAUAUUCCAGUGUUGGAGAGCGCUUCUUUGAUGUAUCAAUUCAGGGACAAAAGGUUUUGCAAGACUUUAAUAUUGCAAAAGAAGCAAAUGGGACUGGAAAGGAAAUAAUCAAGUCCUUUACUACCAUUGUACAUGGUACUUUGGAAAUUCACUUGCAAUGGCUUGGGAAAGGCACAAAUUCCAUUCCAUGGAGAGGUGUAUAUGGACCUCUCAUAUCAGCCAUUUCAGUGACACCAAAUUUCAAGCCUGAUAAAAGCAAGUUAUCUGGAGCUUUUCUGGGCAUUGCUGCUGCUUCUUGUACUGGGAUCGUGCUGACAAUAACAUUAAUAUGGUCUUUCUUCAGAAGGAAAAACAAUGAAAACAAUGGCCUCAGAGGAUUAGAGUUGCAGACAGGUUACUUCACUUUAAAACAGAUUAAAAUAGCCACCAAGAACUUUGAUCCUGAAAAUAAGAUAGGUGAAGGUGGCUUUGGUCCAGUCUACAAGGGGGUGCUGCCAGAUGGUUCUGUAAUUGCUGUGAAGCAGCUUUCUUCCAAGUCUAAACAAGGGAACCAUGAAUUCAUUAAUGAGAUAGGCAUGAUAUCUGCCUUGCAGCACCCAAAUCUUGUUAAGCUUUUUGGGUUUUGUAUUGAAGGAAAUCAAUUAUUGCUAAUAUAUGAAUACAUGGAAAAUAAUAGUCUUGCUCGUGCUCUAUUUGGUCCUGAAAGACAUCAGCUGAAACUGGACUGGCGAACAAGGCAUAAGAUUUGUCUAGGAAUAGCAAGAGGUUUGGCAUUUCUGCAUGAGGAAUCAAGGAUAAAGAUCAUUCACCGAGACAUCAAGGCCACAAAUAUUCUGCUUGACAAAGACCUCAGUGCUAAAAUAUCUGAUUUUGGUUUGGCUAGACUUGAUGAAGAAGAGAACACUCACAUCAACACCAGGAUAGCUGGAACUGUAGGAUAUAUGGCUCCCGAAUAUGUAAUGAGGGGUUACUUGACAGACAAAGCUGAUGUCUACAGCUUUGGAGUUGUCACGUUGGAGAUUGUCAGUGGAAUGAGCAACACUAGUUAUGGACCGAAGGACUUUGUAUAUCUUCUUGAUUGGGCCUAUAUUUCACCAGAGCAGGGAAGCCUGCUUGAACUAGUUGACCCCAACCUCGGUUCAAACUACUUCAAGGAAGAGGCGUUGCGGAUGCUGUCCAUCGCCCUCGUAUGCACCAACCCAUCUCCAGCUCUCAGGCCCACAAUGUCCGCUGUGGUAAGCAUGCUAAAAGGGAAAACGCCGGUGAGUUUCCCCGAAGUGAAGCGCUCAAUCGACAAAACUGAGGAUUCGAGAUUCAAAUCCUUAGAGAGAAUGUGCCGUGAGAGCCAAUCAAAGAGCAUUGUAAUGGAUGGACCAUUGAUCGAUACCUCGAUAUCUACCCUAAGUGGUAAAGAAAGCGCUCCACCUCCCUCAGCAAGCAAGAGCAAAGAGAUAUUACAAGCAGGCACUUCUCAAAACUGAGCAAAGAGACGUGUAUACGGAGCAACUCUUUUUGUAGUCGGUUCUGUGAAUAGAUCAAGCACACAUACACCAAUCUUUUCAUCCACAUCUAUUGUACUUAAGAACAAAGCGAGUGAAGCUCAAAAUAAAGUGUUUUAAGUUCUUAAA